UCUCCCUCCCUCACUUAUACCCUUCCCUUUUCCGCCCCAUUGUGCUGGGCGUUUCCUGGAUGACUGAAUAUAAAUCCCUGAAUAAACAGCAGUGAGCCCUGGCACUCUUCCUCGAAGCUUCAAGUUUCUCCUUCAUCUUGACUUGCCUCCCAUUUGCAGCCAUGACAGAGUUGGAAAGAUCCAUGGAGUCCCUGAUAAUGGUGUUCCACCGCUAUGCCAAAGAAGGCGGAGACAAAAAGACCUUAAACAAGAAGGAAAUGAAAAAGCUGAUAGAGGCUGAGUUGCCCAACUUUCUGAAAACCCAGAAAGACCCUCACACUUUGGACCGCAUCAUGAAAGACCUGGACCAAAACAGGGAUGAUGAGUUGGAUUUUGAAGAGUUUGUACCGUUCGUUGCCGGCCUCUCAAUUGCGUGUGAAAAGCACUUUGCUUUGCACCAAGAUAAAAAGGGCAAGAAGUGAAAAGCCAACAUAAGAGGGAGUGGUAAAGAUUGUUUUUAUUUGUAUGAAAUAUAUAAAACACAGUUUUGUGUGAGAUUCAAAUAAUAAAAAAACAACAUGUGAUGAAAUUAAA